AUGUCCACCCUCCACCCCCAAACCUCGGAAAGUUGGCGCCCUUACCGUCCCAAUUACGGCCAUCCAACCACCGGACAUGUCCACGAGAUGCAUCCAUAUCCUUACCGUCGCUAUUCACAACACGAGGAAGCUGGCCUGGUGCCGCAGCUGGGACCGAGAACAGGCAGCAUACCAAGUAUGAAAAGCACCAAUGGUGGCUACCACUCCGCAUCACCACCUCCUCCCAUGAACAACAACACCAAGAAUCCAUCACCACCUCCCAUGGCAACAAACCCAAUGUCAGUCCCCUCGCCGCCACCACUAGCAGCACCCACACCAGCCCUGUACCGUCACACCACCGACAACGCCUCGUCGGCAUCCACACAGAUGCAGCAGCAGUAUCACCAUCGUGGGCCCAGCAACGCAGCCACUCUGGCCUCGUCGGCGCCCACGAUGGCAUACCCAGACACGGCGGCGCUGCGCACCAUCCCGGAGCACGACGUCGACUCGGACUCGGACGCCGCGUCCCGCAGCAGCUCCCGUCGUCGCUGCUGCUGCUGUUGCUACCCUUGCGCCUGCCUCAGCGACCCGCCCAUGUGGCUCAGGCGGCUGUGGGAGUAUGUCGUUCUCAACCGCUGUCUGGUGUACGGGCUCAUUGCUUUUGUGGUGUGCAGUGUCGUGUUUGGCAUCGUGUUUGGCGUCGUCAUUCCCAACGUGGCCGCGGCUGGCGGUGGUGGGGAGCUGAGCGCCCUGUCGAGUAGCACCGGGACACUGCCUACGGCGGCUGCAACGCCGACGAGCACGACAGAGUCAAGCACGAGCAGUACUACUACAUCUACGACUAGCUCUGCGACACCACUGCCUACAAACCUUCCUCAACAAUGCCAACCCUCGCGGCACACGACCCCAGUCUCGUGGAUGGGCAUCGCCGGCGCGACGGGCGGCUGGUCCUUUUCCUUCUCCUCCGCCGAGUCCCCAGCCGAGUGCUGCCUGCACUGCUUCACCCAGGUCGACGGCUGCAACGGCUGGCAGUUCACGCCCGGCUCCGCCACCUCGUGCACCGUAAUCGAGGGCUGGGAGGGCCAGAAGAACGGCGACUGGGACAGGGAGACGUGCCCGGACGGCAUCGCCGGGGUCCAGUUCAGGAAGCAAGGACAGGGCGUCAGGGAGGGGAGCGCGGGCGGCGCGGGGCCCUGUGGCAAGGUCUCGGGUUCGCAGUGAAUUUCCCGUGGAGGGGUUCGUUCUG